ACCUCAUUUUUGCACUGAAAAACCACCACCACGGAUACUCUGAUCCGAUUUUUUGCCACCAUCUCUCUCCUUUUUGUGUAGCUUCAUAGAACAAUCUUUUUCCUGCCUUUGGUCAUGACAUUCUCCAAUGUAAGCCACCUUUGGUAUACAGUAAUGCGGCCAUUGCUUAUCAAUCCGUCCUCUCCCUCGAUCUGUCAUUUUCUCAGCCUAAGUUGAACUUUGGAAGUGAGCUCAUCGAUUAGCUCGGACAUCGCCCCUCCCCGACGAGGCAGCUCGACUAGUUCGGGCUGUUUCGCUUCAUCCGGAAGUGUGAAGGCCGUUGCAGUCUGAGUCUUCGGUUCCGCUGGGUGACUGGCGUUCCGCAGCGACCAUGGCCGAUCCUGACUCCGGCUACCGCUCCUCCUCCAUCGAGGACGACUUCAACUAUGGCAGCUGCGUGGCCUCCGCCAGCGUGCACAUCCGAAUGGCUUUUCUAAGGAAAGUCUACAGCAUCCUUUCUCUUCAAGUUCUCUUAACUACUGUGACAUCUACAAUAUUUUUAUAUUUUGAGUCUACACGGACAUUUGUACAUGGAAGUCCUGCCUUACUUCUGGUAUUUGCCUUUGGAUCUCUGGGUUUGAUUUUUGCACUGAUUUUAAACAGACAUAAGCAUCCUCUUAACCUCUACUUGCUUUUUGGAUUUACACUGUCGGAAGCUCUCUGUGUGGCCUUUGUUGUUACUUUUUAUGAUGUAUAUAUUGUUCUGCAAGCUUUUAUACUGACUACUGCAGUAUUUCUUGGCUUGACUGCAUAUACUCUACAAUCUAAGAGAGACUUCAGCAAAUUUGGAGCAGGACUGUUUGCUGUUUUAUGGAUUUUAUGCUUGUCAGGAAUCCUGAAGUUGUUUUUUCAUAGUGAGACAAUGGAACUGGUUAUAGCUGCUGUCGGAGCACUUCUCUUCUGUGGAUUCAUCAUCUAUGACACACACUCACUGAUGCACAGGCUAUCACCUGAAGAGUAUGUAUUAGCUGCCAUCAACCUCUACUUGGAUAUCAUCAAUCUAUUCCUGCACCUGUUGCGCUUUUUGGAAGCAGUUAAUAAAAAGUGAUUGAAAGCAGUCCCCAGGGCCUCCCUGGUAUUCUAGGGUUUAAGUCUCAGCACUAGUUCACCCCUAUGGCCUCAGUUCAGUCCCUUCCCAAGGAGCUAACCCACAUAUGGAGUAGCAGACCUCUCCGUAACAGGGUAUUUCAGUAAGUCCUGUUCUGCUUCCCACUCUGUCUAUGGUGAAUCUCCUCACACACUGCACCUCUGGCCCGCAACCCAGGUCUUAUACAGCCCUCCAAAAAUUGCUGGCCUUAGGAACUGAGUCAUUAAAUAAUAAACUUAGAGGUAUAAUUAGCAAAUACUGUUAAGACUCUUGUUUGCUAUGUUCCUCUGAGCUAUUACUAUAAUAGUAACAUAUUUACUAUUAUAUACUAGUAAUAUUUUAGUAAAACAUUCAGUGAAAUAAAAUGUUUAUAAUAUAC